AUGGAGCCCUCCGGUGGAGGAGCAGGGAGCUCUCCGUGCACCACCCAAAGUUUCAAAGCACAAUACAAUCGGCUCCAUGUUACCGCGCUUGAGGAACUCGAUGAUACAGCUGAAGCUCAGUAUAAAUGUUGGUACAAUGUCGCAGGUGGCCUUAUUCUCGUGGACUAUGCAUGGAGCCCGAGUUACAUCAUAGGUGAAAAUGACGACAAUGAUUGGUGGCCUGAAGAUGUGACAGCCCCGGCUGUUAGCAAGCUGUCUGAUUUGAUAUAUAUGGCAUGGGCAAGCCAAGCGGGUACGGAUCUCACUUCUCUGCAAUAUGUCGUUCAGUUGAAUGUUGUGAACGUGGGAUCGAGACUUGCGAUGAACAUGGCUAUGCAGGCUCGGAAUAAUGACUGGUCAGAGCCCGAGAUCUUUACACAAGGAUCCACAGAGUUCAACGCAUUGCCUGGAUCUCCAAAUGGCAAUCCUCAAGCGUGGCUCCUCAUCAAUCACAAAGCGGAUCUGGGUAUAAAGACAGUUUACAGUAUUAUGCUAUGGACAAGCAGCACUGUCGUCUCAGGCCAAAGCGAGAUCGAUGAUGAUAACAGCGCGCAAAAAAGGAAGAUGUGUUGGGUCGAAGACGCAGACUACUAUGGGCUCUGUCAGCAUAUGCUUUUCACUUUCGAGGAUGUGUCAACUAGCGACGAGGACGCUAUGGACCUUUCUUAA